GAUUUUUUCCCAAAAUAUAGAGUUUUUCCUUUUCUUUUCUUUUUUGUUUUAGGGUUCUGUCUAGUUGAAGUUAUUAGCUUUUCAAUACCCUUACUCAAUAAAGACUCCACCCUUUUGUUUCUUUGCAAUAAAUAUUCAAAGUACCGAAUCUUUUUCAUAUGCGUUUUUGUUAAUUUAAAGAAUUCGAAUUCGGCAAUCGUUGAAAUUUAGUGUUGAUUGGUGAAGAUUGUGUAAUUGUGUUUGUUUGCGUAUGGGUUUUGGUUAACUUGAAGCGAAAACAUGGUUAUAUGUGUGAGUUGAGUUUAUUAAGGGGAGUUCUUGAAGUCGUUUGUAUUUGUUUGUUUACGGAGAUAUGCUACGAAGGUUGAUGAUUUGUGGGAAAAGCUGAAGUCAUGUAAAGAAAAACAAUAAUCUUUCUGAAAUUCCACAAGUCAUAGAUAGCUCUUUAACUUCCAACAAAAAAUGAAGAACUUUUGAUCUUUCACAACUCCAAGCUAUCAAAAAAACGUGUCAAAAUGGCGACAGAAAGUCCGAUUCGAAUAAUUGAAGCAAAUAGAAAAUGGGCUUCACACAAUGAUAUAAAUAUGGGAAUUGAGGACAUGGGAUUGGGAUCAAAGGGCCAAAGAUUUAAUGAAAGAAAGACUAAUAUACCCCCAAAUAGAAGUGGAAGUGCUCCUCCAAGUAUUGAAGGUUCAUUUGCAGCAAUUGAGAACCUCAUGUUUAGGCAACACUUUGUUACAGAUGUUACUAAUGUUCCUGAAUCUGAAGAGCAACUUAGAGCUGAUCCAUCUUAUUUUGCAUAUUAUUGGGCUCAUGUUAAUUUGAAUCCUAGGCUUCCUCCACCAUUGGUUUCGGGUGAAAAUCGAAAUAUUUUUCGGAAUAUAAGAAAUACAGGAAAUAAUAGGAAAAUGACUUCUUUUGAUGAUUCUUAUAGUGGCUCAUUGCAUUUGGAUCAUAGUAAUCUUUCUACUCAUAAGGAAGAAUCUGAUGAUGAUGAUGAGAGAUCACCUAAACAGGAAGAUCUUCCUCAACCUGAGUCACCUCAAUACAAUCAAUCUCACUCAUUUACACACAAAUCAAAUGAAGAAGAAGAAGAAGAAGAAGAUAACCACAAUGACUCCAACCCCACAACUGCUACGAUUUCAAUUUCAAGUUCAGAAACCGAUGUUUCCACUUUAAGAAACCGAAUAGCAUCUCUCAACAUCUCCAACAUUCCAAAAUUAGAAACUGCGAGAAACCAAGAACAUCCACAUCACCAACAACAAAGAAAUAUGUCUCAUGUUCAUGUUCAUGGGGCCCACCCUCAAAUCGUUUCAUUACCUCAAACAUACAUUGGAAUGAAUAUGAAUCAAUUUCUUCAAAAUCCCACCAAUUUUGUGUCUGAAGUGCAACCGAUUUUACAAUCCUCCGGGUUCACCCCACCAUAUGCCCAAGAUCCAGCAUUUAUUUACCCGAAUGUAAUACCCACGGGUUACUUUCAUGGAUACGGGUUUAACCCAUCACCAUUUUCACCAUAUGCAACCGGAUAUCUUCCUAAUAGCCCUCUUCCAGCGCCUUUUAGUGGUCAAAGUCAAACCCCAGGGGUAAAUUUGUCACAUUUUAAUAAUUUUUAUGGACAUCUUGGGGUACCCUUUCAACUUCCGGUUCGUGGGGAGGAUCCGAAAUUACAAUCUUUAGGGUUUGACUCGAGAAGGGUAGGGACAACGGGUUCUUAUUAUUUUGGUAGCCCGGGAAAUUUGGAUUUUUCACAAUUUACGAAUUCGCCCUUUGCAAGUCCGGCAAUUCCGGGGUCUCCGAUUGGUGGGGCUAGUUAUUCUGGUCGAAGGAAUGAAGGGAUGUAUCGGGGGUGGAAGGGUAAUUUGGGAAAUCAGGUUAUUGAUGAUCCGAAAACGUAUUCUUUUCUUGAAGAGUUGAAAUCGGGUAAGGGUAGGAGGUUAGAGCUAUCGGACAUUUUUGGACAUAUUGUUGAGUUCAGUGUUGAUCAACAUGGAAGUCGUUUCAUUCAGCAGAAGUUGGAAAUUUGUAGCAACGAGGAGAAAGAAUCUGUAUUUAACGAAGUUCUUCCUCAUGCUUCCAAACUAAUGACAGAUGUUUUCGGUAAUUAUGUUAUUCAAAAGUUCUUUGAGUAUGGAAGUGUUGAACAAAGAAGGGAGCUUGGAAACCAACUUGAAGGUCAAAUAUUGCCUUUAAGCCUCCAAAUGUAUGGUUGUCGUGUAAUCCAAAAGGCUCUUGAUGCUAUCGAUCUAGAACAAAAAACAAAGCUUGUCCAUGAACUCAAUGGGCAUGUUUUAAAAUGUGUUCGUGAUCAAAAUGGAAAUCAUGUGAUACAAAAAUGUAUUGAAAGCAUUCCAACCGAUAAAAUCAGGUUUGUGAUCUCAUCUUUUCGUGGUCAAGUUGCAGCCUUGUCAAAACAUCCAUACGGUUGCCGUGUCAUACAGAGGGUUCUGGAACACUCUACUGAUGAACUUCACAGCCAAUUUAUAGUGGAUGAAAUUUUGGAAUCGGUUUAUGAUCUUUCACAAGAUCAGUAUGGGAAUUAUGUAACUCAGUAUGUGUUGGAAGGUGGAAAACCGGAGGAAAGAAGCCAAAUUGUACAUAAGUUGGAAGGUCAUAUAGUACAACUAAGUCAACACAAAUUUGCAUCAAAUGUUAUUGAAAAAUGUUUGGAAUAUGGUGACUUGGAUACAAGAGAAAUCAUGAUCCAAGAGAUUAUUGGAUAUGGUGAAGGCAACGAUAAUUUAUUGGUGAUGGUGAAGGACCAAUUUGCAAAUUAUGUGGUACAAAAGGUUCUUCAAACAUGUAGUGGGCCCCAAAGGGAAGUGUUACUUGGUAGGAUUAAAAUCCAUUUGAAUUCAUUGAAGAAGUAUACGUAUGGGAAACAUAUUGUUGCUCGCUUUGAACAACUCUAUGGUGAAGAAAUUGAGGCGUUGGGUUCAUAAGGAUUGGGGUUAUAAGAAGGAUUAUGCAGAAUAGAAUGUGAAUAGAUGAAUUAAAAGUUUAAGUGUGUUGUUGUUUAACUAUUCUUUAGCAACAAGUUACCAAAAUUAGGCUUUCUAUGUGUUGUUCCUUUGUGUGUUGUAUAUAUGUAUAUGUGUUUCUUGUUGCCAUGGGGUAUGAAAGUGGAUUGUUUGGAUA